UCUGCAUAUGCACAAGGUGCACGUGCUCCACCGGGACCGCAACGACACCCGCGCGGCCGUGAGGCUCCUGAGGGACAUCCUGCGCUGCCGCCUCCUGCGCCACCAGGACCAGGUCUCCUACAUGGCGCAUCAGAAGUGGUACCUCAGAGAAAACGCCUUCCUAGGCAGCCGUUGCAAGCCCAGCAGGGCGUGCAGCAGCACUGCCUUCGUCGGCAAGGUGUGCCGCAUGGCGAGUCUGCACGUGGCCAAGGUGCUCCGCCUGAGCCUUCGGUGGGCACGACCUCUCCUAGAAGACGAAGAUCUGGACGUCCAGAUCAUCUAUAUGGUUCGAGACCCACGCGCUGUUUUCAGUUCCCGAGCUAGGGUCGACUGGUGUACGUCUUCUACCUGCCGCGGUUUUCAGACUGUGUGUUCUCUUCUGGAAAAGGACCUGACGGAGGCUGCGGCACUCCUACAGGAAUAUCCUCACAGGUUUAUGUUCGUCCAAUAUGAAGAAAUGUGUCAAAAUAUGUCAGCUGCCCUUGCUGAUGUAAUGGACUUCUUGGGGUUACCAGUAACUAAUGUACAAAUGAAUAUGCUGAAGUAUAAAAAAUCAUCCACUGACCCACUGAUCAUCACGAAGAACAGCCUCCUGCAGGCGCAGCUCUGGCGCAACAUGACCUCCUACGCGGAUAUUGUGAUUCCCGUCCAGGAACACUGCAGGGCAUCGUUGGAGAAACUGGGCCUCAGGAUUUUCUCUUCCAACACAGAGUUCCAGAACCUCAGCGUCCCAGCACUGAUCCGGCCUCCUAUACCGUAGCUCAUAAUUGAUUAAGAAUAAUUGGCUUAUCUUUGUUUUCACGAUGAAAGAAAUAUGGCAAACAAAUAUUGGCAUUUCUCCAUUUUUAUAAGCUUUUUCCUAACAACAACGAAGGAAAAGUAAUAUUUAUCAAGUAGGAAGACCCAUUGUUUCCAAUAGCAUUGUUUUUGCGAUGCUGCAUUCCUAAUCCUGAAACUAAUCUUAAAACAAACAAAUGUCAGUCAAAAUGUAAAUUUUGUUGAAUGAAGUAAAAAAUGUUGAGUCUCCAGUAACACGACCAACGUAAAACGGGUCGUUUUUUCAAAGCAUUACUAGUCGACAUCAGACUUUUUAAAAGUAAACCUAGGUGUUUCAGCUUCAGUAGCACUGGAUUUCAACCAAACAGAUUUCAUGAUAAAAUAACCGCAUCUUAUCGAUUAUGGAACUUGCUUCAUAGUCGAGCAAAACUCGGUCCUCAAAUUAGGGCGUGUUUAGGGAACCUCAACCUUUUUCACUGGACUUGUUCACUCCUUUAUAGUUGCACUAUCUGCUUAAUAGAGAAAAUAUUUUUAUAUGGUUGAUUACGGUUAAAAUAAAAGACAUUUCCUCACUUUACUCAACCAACCUAUCAUCAAAUAAGAUAUCCUGCCGGACUGGGGAAUACAGGGGUUGAUUUUGUUGUUUCUCCUCUUCCUCCUGGCAAAAGCAAGCGAGUUAAUGGAAUUCUUGUAAAUAUCCUGACUUGUUUGUGAAUGACAUAUCACUCGAGCUUUAUUUUCUUAAAUAUAAUGCCAAUGGCUUGUUUAGAUGUAUUGAUAAAAAUUACAUUAACAUUUUAUUUAAAAGCAGCCCAAGACCUCUAUUCAUACAGUAAUGCAGUCUUUUCAUUGGCUUUACCGGAAAAAAUAAAUCUGAAAUAUACAUCAAAAUCAGAUACCGAAAAAAAUUAUUUUGCUGCAAUGAUGUACUAGAUCAUGCAGAAGCUGGAAAAUAGACGUUUCGACUAGUAGCUUAAGGCAUAGCAUUUCUGUAUUGUUUGCCAAGAUAAUAAAAUCAGAGUUGAUAUAUC